UCCAUUAAUAUCUUCCCUUUCCGUGUGAAUUUUAUACUGUUUACAAAUUAAUAACAAAAUUUUUUCAAAGAAAUAAAAAUUAACUCUUCAAUUAGUUUAACUUUUAACUUUUUGCAUUUAAGAAUAAAAAGCGGUAACUGGAGUUUAUAAACUGGAGAACGAAAAAAAAAGUACAUUCCAAAAAGCAGUCAAAAUUCCAAAACUCUUUUUAAUAAAAAUAAUAUCCCACAAAAUCUCCACGUUGCCUUGUGCAGCUCUCCAAAGAAUCUACAUCGCUGCAAUUACGGACCAAAGCUUCCUAAGUUUGUUGCUUUUUCCCCUGCUUAAUUGAUUUUUAUUUCUCUCUCAGAUCGAUCCAAAGAUUCAAGAACAGAAAGAAAAACAUUGAUCAAUCUUCUUCUGUUCCUCUGUUUUUCUCCCAUAUUAGUUGACCUAGGUGAAUAACCCAAAUCAGAUCAAUGGGUAUUUUACUUUGCUGUCUUCGUGUUCCGGAGCAAGGUAAUGAGUCUCGAAACGUACCCAGAAUCACAGCCUUCAGCCACCCAAUAAUGAAUAACUUUCCCCUCAAGUACGAGCAACUAUCUCGAAACCUGGAAAGAAGGGAAUUUUCCUCUGUCGCUAACAGAGAAGAAGACGUUUGUCCGACAUGUUUCUAUGAGUACGCUGAGGAUAAUCCGAAAACAGUUCUACAAUGUGGACAUAUCUUUCACCUUGCCUGCAUCUAUGAAUGGAUGGAGAGAAGUGCAGCUUGUCCCUUUUGUUCCAAGACAAUGCUUUUCAUGGAGGAUGAAAUUACAGAGCAGGUGGACUAAUAAGAGAUAUCCUUAGAUUCUUGGCAAAAAUUUCCUUCAUCACCAAUUCUUUCUUAAUUUAUGUUGUAACUAAAUUUUUAUAGAUUUUGGAAGACUUCGGCCAGAUUCUUUUUGGCUUGUAAUUUGGAAAAAUGAUAAGCUAUUUAUAUGUGGUACUUAAUCAAUUUAUAUGUGAUAAAAUCCAUUUGGGAUAAGGACUGGGUUGAAAAUGUACCUUUAUCUCUCAGUCUAUUCCUGUGUAUACUCGUAUUAAUGGAUAUUUUUUAUUUAGCAGUAUGUA